AUGGCGUUGUGGGCGUGUCGUAAAACAUCUUCCCAACAACAACUACGUAGCGAGCUUAUUUUUGCGGUGAACUCAACGUUCUCGGAGAGAAAAGUCGGAGCACGAGAACGGGACGACGACGGGCCAUCGGAUCGUCCUCGUGCCGCUGCAGUCGCGGCGCGCUCGUCUCACCUUGAGACUGGGCCGGCGCAUCCUAAAUAUAGACAUCGGAUUACGUACUCGAGGCGACAAUGCGAUACCGCUUACGGUGCAGUCGGUGAGACUAGUCGCGAUCGUUUUCUCAAUAUGUCGGUAAAAUUGGGAAAAUUUCCUAGGGGGUCAGGGGUACGGCGGGUAGGCGGGGGCCGGGGUCGGUUUCGGCGAGGCCCCGGCGGGCGUCGACCUCGUGAAAGGCGCGCGGCGGCGGCGGAUCCGCGCGCGCCGGCCGCUCGCCUUUUUACGCGCUCUUUCCCGCACCGCCGCUGCCGCCGCGCGCAACCCCGCGGGCCCCCGCCGGUCGCCGCCCGCAGAUAG